AUCAUUAUGGAGAACAUUGAGAUGAAGCAACCUGCUGCAACACACGCCAAAGACCAAAACCAAGAGCCCGUGGCAUCAGGAGCGGGGAACGCUGAACCUGAUAAUGUUAACACAUCAAAUGACAAUAAACAGUCACCACUCUUCUUAGCUGUGAAGGAGGGUAAUCUACCAUGGGUGAAACUUCUCGUUUCGAAAAAGGCUGACGUGAAUGUGAAGGCUAGGUCGACCAUAAUCGGGACGAGGGAGUUAGAUCCAUCGUGGGUUGUGGUUGACUGUGAGAGCACCAACAACAAAACAGACAAAGCAAAACAAAGUAAAUCAACACAUACAAUCAAAUCAAAUUAA